CGGGCUGAGGCGGCGGUGGCGGCAGCGGUGGCAGCGGUGUGGGGUGAGAGGCGGCGGCGGCCACGCUCCGGCCGGGCCCCCGGGGCUCCCGGCGGCGGCGGCGGCGCCAUGGACGAGGCCGUGGGCGACCUGAAGCAGGCGCUGUCCUGCGUGGCCGACGCACCGACUGUCCAUGUGGAGGUGCACCAGCGGAGCGGGAGCACUGCAAAAAAAGAAGAUAUAAAGCUGAGUGUCAGAAAGCUACUCAACAGACAUAACAUCGUGUUUGGUGAUUACACGUGGACUGAGUUUGAUGAGCCUUUUCUGACCAGAAAUGUGCAGUCUGUGUCUAUUGUUGACACAGAGCUGAAGGUUAAAGACUCGCAGCCCAUUGAUUUGAGCGCAUGCACUAUUGCACUUCACAUCUUCCAGCUAAAUGAAGAUGGCCCCAGCAGUGAAAAUUUGGAGGAAGAGACAGAAAAUAUAAUUGCAGCAAAUCAUUGGGUUCUGCCUGCAGCUGAAUUCCAUGGGCUUUGGGACAGCCUGGUGUAUGAUGUGGAAGUCAAAUCUCAUCUCCUCGAUUAUGUGAUGACAACGUUACUGUUUUCAGACAAGAAUGUCGACAGCAACCUCAUCACCUGGAACCGGGUGGUGCUGCUUCACGGUCCUCCAGGAACUGGAAAAACGUCCCUGUGUAAAGCUUUAGCCCAGAAGUUGACCAUUAGACUCUCAAGCAGGUACCGGUACGGCCAGUUAAUUGAAAUAAACAGCCACAGCCUCUUUUCUAAGUGGUUUUCAGAAAGUGGCAAGCUGGUGACUAGGAUGUUCCAGAAGAUUCAGGACUUGAUUGAUGAUAAAGAUGCUCUGGUGUUUGUGCUGAUUGACGAGGUGGAGAGCCUCACGGCCGCCCGAAAUGCCUGCAGGGCGGGCACCGAGCCUUCAGAUGCCAUCCGCGUGGUCAACGCUGUCUUGACCCAGAUCGAUCAGAUUAAAAGGCACUCCAACGUGGUGAUCCUGACCACCUCCAACAUCACGGAGAGGAUCGACGUGGCCUUCGUGGACAGGGCAGACAUCAGGCAGUACAUUGGGCCGCCCUCUGCAGCAGCCAUCUUCAAAAUCUACCUCUCCUGCGUGGAAGAGCUGAUGAAGUGUCAGAUCAUAUACCCCCGCCAGCAGCUGCUGACCCUCCGUGAGCUGGAGAUGAUCGGGUUCAUCGAGAACAACGUGUCCAAGCUGAGCCUCCUCCUGAGCGAGAUCUCGAGGAAGAGCGAAGGCCUCAGCGGUCGGGUCCUGAGAAAACUCCCUUUCCUGGCGCACGCGCUGUACAUUCAGGUGCUCGCGCUGGGUGGGUGGGUGCUGCCCGGCGGCCCCGCCGAGCGCCAGGACCUCCGCGAUGCCACCUGUCUUUCCAGGCCCCCACCGUCACCAUCGAGGGCUUCCUCCAGGCCCUGUCUCUGGCAGUGGACAAGCAGUUUGAGGAGAGAAAGAAGCUCUCCUCCUGCAUGUGACCCGAGUUCCCGCCCACGUUCUCGAAAUCGAGGAACAAAUUCUAGGUCAAGUGUUCUCCGCAGGAAGCAGACGCGGUGCUGUUUGUGGGAGAGCUGCGGCUGGCCUGGGGCGGCCUCCCUGGCAGCCAGCGCGGGAGCAUCACGGGGACACCCCGACUUGUUUGUUCAGUGACGGCGGUCUCGGCUCAAAUGAAGAUGCACCUCGACGGGUGUAGAAUAAACUGGUCGAUAACUGGUGUGCUCUGCAGAAUGUUGUUUUGCUUUUAUCUCAUGGCAAAAUAAAUUCCGUAUUAGUGUUGUGUA